GCAACACGAUAUCACCGACAUGACUUCAAAUCGAUAGCACCACCUCCCAUCAUGGUCUCCUUCUGGCCCUUCGGCGGCGGCAACGGCACCGAUGCAGCCUCCUUCGAGAAAGUCCUCUCUCAACUCUCCACAAAGAUCAACAAGACGAGCGCACAAAACGAUCGAUACCGCCAGAGGCAACGCCGCUACAAAGUCCUGUGGACACUCUACUCCACAUUCGCAUACAUCCUCAUCGCGGCGAUCCUCACCCUCGUCACAGGCUGGGAGAACUGGAACAUCCUCGAAUACAGCGCCAUCGCCGGUGCACCCGUCCUGAUCUACAGCAUACGAACGGGACUCGAUGCAUAUUACAAUUACCGACUGGCGAACUCGCAGAAUCAUCUCAAUGACUUGACAAAGCAAAGAGAGGCGGCGAUUGAGAAGUUGAAGGCUGCGACCAAGUACAACAGCACGCAGCAGUUGUUGGAGAAGUAUGGAGGUUCGCCGCCGAGCAAGCGAGCACCGUCGCCACAGGGAAAUGGAAAGAGGAAGUCGCAUAUGGGACCGAGUGUGCCGCAGGGUGGAAGGACUGGAUUUGCGCCGCCGCCAACUGCAAAUAUACCGGGUAGACAACCUCCGCCUGGUGUUGUGAUACCUCAAGGUGCGCCUGGAGUCGUCCCAAGACCACCGAGUGCAGGAGUACCGUCACCAAACCGAUCACCUGCUGGUGAAGAGUUCGCACCCAACGCAUUCAGCAAUCGACAACCCUCACAGUACGCUCAUGAUGGUCCGAGAUGGUACGAUCGAAUCCUGGAUGUUGUGCUUGGCGAAGACGAAACGCAAGCGAAGAAUCGCAUUGCUUUGAUCUGCCAGAGCUGCCGACUGGUCAAUGGUCAAGCUCCACCUGGCGCGAGGACGAUGGAGGAUGUCGGAAAGUGGAGAUGCAGUGCUUGUGGGGCGAUGAACGGUGUGGAGAGUGAAGAAAAGAAGAUGCUGAGGGAUGUGGCAAAGGGCGGGAAGGCCGAGUCUGCUACCACUUCUCCUGUCGUAGCUAGCGAGAGUGUCGAGACGGAGGCCGCAGAGGAUGAAAAUGAGAGGAAUGAAAGCGACGAGGGCACACCAGCACCAGUGGAGGAUGCUUCGCCAGCUGCUUCAACGAGAAGUAAAGCCCGACAGAGGCAGAAGGCUUGA